AUGACUGAGCACACGCCUCUGCGAGUCACCAUAAUUGGAGGCGGCAUAGCCGGCCUUGCAGCGGCUCGAGUUCUCCGCGAGCAACAUGAUGUUACUGUCUACGAGCGCAACGCGUCCGACACAGCUGAGGCUGGAGCAGCCGUUGGUCUUGGGCCUAACGGCACAAAGAUGGCAAAGUCUUUGGGCUUGGCCAAAGAGUCUCUGAAGGCUGUUGUGUCGAGCGGCUUUCGCACUUUCGACCAAACUGGAGCUUUACUCAAAGAAUCUCGAAUGGACUGUGCCAAGGCUUUCGGUUCUGAGUGGUGGAUGUUUCACCGACAGGAUUUGAAAGACGCGCUUUUUGAGGCCGCGACCGGCGAGGGAUCGGAAUGGCCUGGAAAGCCAGCAAAGAUCGUUUUCAAGUCACGUGUUGAAAAUGUUGACCCUGAAAAUGGUUUGAUCCAGCUGGGGGAUGGAUCGAUAGUUGAAGCUGACUUGAUAAUCGGUGCUGAUGGCAUCCACUCAAAGACACGGGCAGCUGUUGUCGGGCUGGAACAUCCACCGCCAGUGCCAGCCAACACCUCACUGUACCGUUUCACAGUUCCUCUCUCCCAGGUAACGGAACUUCUUGGAGAAAUACCAGAUGCUUUGAAGUCUGAAGACGGAACAUUCUUGGCCUCAUCCAUCGCGGCAGAUGGGUCUAACAGGAAUGCUGUCAUCUAUCCAUGCAGAAACAGAGAAAUCAUGAAUUUCGCCUGUGCUGUCCCGGACUCUAUUCUCAAACAACAGAGUCGAGAGUCGUGGACUCAAGAUGGCGACCUUGAGGAGAUGAUUCGCCAUUUUGAAGACUUUCCGCCGUGGCUGCACACCAUAAUGAGGUAA